GAUGUCAACUCAAAUGUCAUUUACAAGCAAGUAAACGAAGGAUCAAGUUCAAAAGUUCAAAGUCAAAUAUUGGAUAAAUGAAUACAUGUAAACGGACAGAUACAACAAAAUUAACGUUUUUAUAGUUCUCAGUACCUUAUUGCAAGGCAAUCGAAAACAAAAUUGUAAUAUUCUUAUUAACUGAAUGCUAAAAACAAUGAAGGUCAUAGGAAAAGAAUCUGCCCUUUGGUAUCUCCAAUAUUUUGGCAUUCCAUUAUCUUUGGGGAUAGUAUUGUAUAAGAUAAUUAACAAUUUUUCUUUACGUAAACGCAGAGCCACAUUACAAGGAAAGGUUGUUGUGAUUACUGGCGCAAGCUCAGGCAUUGGAGAGGCUCUUUCCCAUGUAUUUUAUCAGCAAGGAUGUAAAGUAGUAAUGGCAUCACGAAGGAAAUCCGAACUAGAAAGAGUAAAGCAAGAUCUUAUAUCGAAAAAAAUGCAGGGAAUCAGUAUUGAGCCUAUUGUCAUUGAAUUAGAUCUAGGGGAACUUGACCAACUGGAAAGUUUUGUAGAUAAGGUCCACAGUCUUUGCGGACACAUUGAUAUAUUGGUAAACAAUGGAGGUAUUUCCCAUCGUGGAUCUAUACUGCAUACAAAACUUGAUGUGUAUAAGAAAAUUAUGAAUGUAAAUUAUCUAGGGUCUGUUGGAUUAACAGCAGCUGCUUUACCAAAAAUGGUUGAAAGAAAAAGUGGCCAUAUAGUCUUCAUAAGCUCUGUGCAAGGAUUAAUUGGUUUACCUGAACGUUCAGCAUAUGCUGGCUCAAAGCAUGCGAUGCAAGCAUAUGCUGAUUCUUUACGUGCAGAAAUGAAACAACAUAACAUCAAUGUAUCUGUAAUAAGUCCUGGAUAUGUCAAAACUGCUGUUUCAAUUAAUGCUCUUACAGGAUCUGGGGAACCACAUGGAGUAAUGGAUUCAAGUACAGCUGCUGGAUUUUCAGCCGACUAUGUUGCGGAGAGGAUUGUGGAUACUAUUGUUAAUAAGGAAAAGGAAUUGAUAAUAUCUCAGUUUAUGGGACAUUAUGCAAUACUUGUUCGACGCACUAUACCAUCAUUAUACUUUUACUUUGUUGCGCGUAGGGCGGCAAAGACGUAAAGAUGCGUUAAUAGUUUUCCAU